AUCAGGGGUGUCCGCAAAUGACCCACGGGCCGUAGUUUGGACACCCCUGUUCUAAAUCAUGCUAAAUGUAGAUAACAGCUAGUGAGUUUGUUGAAGCUAGCUAUAGUUAUUAUGCCUAGGUAGGUAGGUAAUGCCAGGUAGGUAGGAAGGUUACUGGUUAGUGUUAGCUGGGAGAGCAGCGGCUCACACUUCUGGCGCAAAGACUAAAAUGGAACUGAAACGAGUUUUACAGCUAAAUAAUGGUCGUUAAACUUGGUCAGUAUGGUCAGUAUAAACUAAGAGUGUGUUUUAUUUAAAGUUAAAGCAUUCAUAUUUUAGAGCACUUUUACUUGUAUAUUAUAAUAGAAUUAUUUACAUAUUUACACAUAAGAGCAUCUACAUCUACACUCUGACCCCUGACCUGCCAAACUGGGACACGCAAAAAAAUAUGUAUUUUAUGAAUGUAGAAACAAAAACAGUCAGUUCAGGUCAUGUUUAUCAGUAUAUCAGACCUAAAACAGGUUCAGUUAAUCACCCCAACAUCAGCGUUCAGGGCUGGUUUACCUGUAAACACACGUCUCUGAAAGCUCCUCCUGCUUUACAGAAACCCAAUAUGAGUCCAGAAAUUCAACAUUCCACUAAUGCACUUCAAAACAGAAAGAGUCCUGAACAAUAACCACCUCCACCUCCUCCAUCUUAGGUAACACUCACCUAAAAUAUGGAGGAACAAACACAGCCACGGAGAUUAACACACUUGGGAUCAUCAUAAAAACACACCGAAUCAAACAGACACACGAACACAGAUUUUGACCCUUCUAUAUGGUGAUGACAUCCAGGAUUGAGUUCCACUGACUACAAAAACAAAAUAAGAAUGACGGACAGACCGAAGUCCCCCAGCUGUUUGUCCAUGGCAAGUGGCUUGUCAGCAGAUCAACCUAUUAACUUUAAAGAAGUGGACAAUAUUAGUUUAAGGUCUGAGAUGAGUAACCACUCCAAAGACCAACCCCUGCACUUUAAAGAAAUGGACCCCCUGUACCAUAUAAGCAAACAGAAGGACAGGCCAGAGUCUCCCAGCUGUAGGUCUGAAGCAAGUAACUAUUCCAUGGAUCAACCUACUAACUUUAAGAUAAUAGAACCCCUGGAACAUGAAAGCAAAAAGAAGGACAGGCCAGAGUCUCCCAGCUGUAGGUCUGAAGCCAGUAACUAUUCCAUGGAUCAACCUACUAACUUUAAGAUAAUAGAACCCCUGGAACAUGAAAGCAAAAAGAAGGACAGGUCAGAGUCUCCCAGCUCUAGGUCUGAAAUUAGUAACUGUUCAAAAGAUCAACCUACUAAUUUCAAGAACAUGGACCCCCUGGAACAUAAAAGUAAAAAGUUGGACAGGUCAGAGUCUCCCAGCUGUAGGUCUGAGAUAAGUAACUGUUCGAAAGAUCAACCUGCAAAUUUCAAGGAAACGAAACCCCUGGAACAUAAAAGCAAAAAGGGACGCAGAACAGGAUCUCCCAGUCGUCGGUCUACAAGGAGCACCCCGUCCAUACAGCGACCUAAUCAUUUUAAAGAAUCCUUGCAGUCCUUGGAUUCUCUGAGUCAGACGUCUGGGAGAGCAUCCUCAGCCGAUUUCAGUUAUAUCUCAAUGGUUACUGAUACCACAUCUGAGGGAACUCAAGAACCUAGGCAGAACCCUCAUUCUGCUGUUCCUACAAAUGUGGUGUGUGAUCUGUGUACAGAAAAAACAAAGCGUAAAGCAUGCAAGUCCUGUAUGACCUGCCUUGCCUCUUUUUGUGAGAUACAUGUUAAAGACCACUACACAAUAGAGGCAAUGAGACGACACACUCUGGUGGAGGUUACCAAAAACCUUGUAAUUCUUCAGGAUAACGUUCGCCUGACAAAAACUAUCAACAAGGAGCGCGCAAAAAAAUCUGGCUCUGAAGAUGGAGAUUGCUGUGUUGCAGCAGAAGAUCACUAAGUUAAAGCUCCCUGAUUUUAUCUGCAAAGGAAAGACCCUCAAAGCAGCUAACGUGGUUCUGGAUCCUGAUACAGCUCACUGCGCUCUUCUGAUUUCUCAUGAUGGCAAACAUGUGCAACUUGGUAACAAGACCAAUGUCCACCAGAGCGCCCAGAGAUUUGACAAAUCUAAAUGUGUUCUGGCCAGAGAAGGCUUCAGCUCGGGGAGGCACUACUGGCAGGUGGAAGUUCAUCGAGAUUUCACUAUUGGGGUCACUUGUCAGUCUUCUGAGAGAAAAGGGGAGAUCAACUUCUGUCCCAAAGAGGGAUACUGGUGUCUAUACCACUUUAGACAAUCCUUCACAGCCCUGGAGGAUUCCAGCAUUCACCUGCAAGCUGACACUCUACCCCGGGUGCUGGGGGUGUGUAUUGAUGUGGAUGAGAAGUGGGUCACAUUUUACAACACUGAGACUAAAGCUCAUAUUUACACUUUUAAAGACAUGGUGUUUAAAGAUGGAGAGAAGAUCUAUCCUGUGUUUAACAUAACAGAGAAAACAGUCAACCUUGUGAUUAGAAGUGUGAAAGAAGACUGAAGAGACCUUUACAGCUUAAAUUAUCUCUUAACAGUGAUUACUGCACUGUGAUCAGGGUCUAUAAAUCUGUUGUUGUCUUUGAGAAUAAAUGUGGUAGUUUUUGGAACUUAUCUAUAUUGGACGUAUAGGGGGUUUGAGUAACUGUACUAAAAAGUAUAGUUGUAAAACUGUAUUAAAAAGUGUAUUUUUAUACUUUAUGUAUAUAUUUGUAUAUAAAUUUUAAAAAGUACCAAUAACUGUAUUUUCACUAUAACACAGGAUUUUACUUUUUGCUUUAUACUAUUAUAUGCUUGCUAUAGGAGUUUAUUUUUUAUAGCACUUAUUAUAUCACAAUAUAGUAUUGCCACAAUGGGAAUUAUGGCAUCACAAUGGCUACUGUUAUAUCACAACAGCCAAUAUGAAUUCACAAUGUGUUAUCGCAGUGGCCAUUAUGAGAUCAUUGACAUCACAAUGGACAUUAAGAUAUCACCUGAAAACAUUUUGCUUCAAUCAAUAACUAAAACAGGAUGUUAAAAGUGUAAAUAUUACCCCAUCUUGCUGCAGAUUUAUUUACACUGAAUAUUUUCUUUAAAACGUUAAUGUAUAAUACUUCAUCUUUAAAUCAAGUACAUUGUGUCAGUUUUUUUCCUGUAGAUUCUAUUUUAUUUCUCAGUGGUUAUGCACCACUAGAUCUAUGAAACUCAACAAAAAAAAAACCUUUAAUCAGUCUCGACUAUUUUUGUAUAUGUUCACAACAGAGAAAUCUGUUUACAAUUGUGUGUGGACCCAAAUACUCUGUGUAUACCAUAUGUUUCACACUUUAUGGCGCACCGGAUUAUAAAGCUCACUAUCAAUGAU